AUGGAAGACAGUAAUCAGUCAAAUGAUCAGCAAGGACAGGAAAACGCUCCUGUCCCAUCUUCCGGAGGCAAUCAAAACCUUGAGUCCUCCGAAGAGCCAUCCUCUGGAGCUGCUGCCAACUCCCAAAACGCGCCUCAAUCCACCUCAAAUCCGUCCAAUCCAGAACAGCAAGCAAUGGACGAGCACGCAGAAGAGCUGCGCCAGCUGCAGAGCAUGCUUGAGAGUCGCUUCCCACAAAAUCUAUUCCAAGUUUUCGGCCCCAGAAUGCAGCAAAUCAUCCGAACAUCGAUGAUGCCGAUGCCCAAUUCGAGCCACUCGAGAUUGAUUGAGCAACUGGGUCACGUCGGAAUCGGCGCUUUGCCCGCGCUGACUGAUCUUUGUCAAAUGCUGUGUAUGGGAACGGAGGAUAAUCUAGUUGGGUUCAACUAUCGCGCCGCCGUCCCCCUUCUUAUCACGCAUUUGAAAGAUAACGAAGUUGAAGUAUCACAGCACGCCGCGCGAGCUUUGACGUAUUUGCUCGAGUCUCUCCCACGAUCUCUCCAAGCCGUUUCCGAAGCGAUUCCAGCUUUGCUCGAGCGAGUGGCUUGCAUUCACGAUGAUGGCCUCCUCGGCGUCGCGGAACAAAGUCUCUCUUGCUUAGAAAAACUCUCUGCGCGCCAUGGCCGUCAGAUUCUUUUGGAAAGAGGCUGCUCCCAAGUUGUCCUCUUCCUUGAUUUCUUCUCGAUCGUCGCUCAACGGCACGCGUUAAAUAUCGUCCUUUCCUGCAUGCGUGCUCUCGAGUACUGCGGGACGGAAUUCCAUCUCGUCGAAGAUGCUCUUCCAGCAAUUGUCUCCCGACUUCAGCACUCUGAUCGUCGAUCAAUGGAGCUCAGCAUCCAGGCGAUCUGCAAGCUCGUCGACAGGCGUCACACGAUGAAUUCUGAAGUUAUGGAGAAAUUGCGACGCUCGAACAUCGCUGAGAAUUUGAUCAAAGUGGUUUGCGAUCCUCAGAAUUUGUCCGCGAACUUGGCGACGAUCUGCCUUCGUUCGUUGACUUACAUGGCCGAGGCUUGCCCACAGACACAGGUUGAAAUUUGCGAAUCGUCGAUUCCAAGUGCCUUGCAGGGGAUUUUGACUGUCGACAUCGCUGCUAGUCCUCAGCGAGAAGCCCAAGAACUCGUCGAAGCGAUUCGAUUAGCGACUGCGCUUUUGCCAAAAGGAACGGAAAAGCGAGUCGAGCAUCCGAUAGAGCUUGAUCUUGACACUGACUUUCUCGACGACGACUAUGACGAGUCAGAGGCUUCCGAGCGUGCGCCCAGCCCAGCUGCUGAAGUGAGCGAAAAUGACAUGAAAAUGUGCGCAGGAUUGAUCAAGUCUCUCUACCCACUUUGUUGGAAGCUUCUCAACGCUGCUCCAAACACUUCAGUGCGCGUUUCCGUCAUUCAAAUCGUCAUCAGAAUGUCUUACAGCACAACAGCUGAUGUUCUUCGAGAGCUUUUGGCGUCGCAGGAGAGCGAAACUUGUAGUCAGAUUCAGCAGCUCUUGGAUUCAUCGGACACGCGUAUCCUUGUCCCUGCGUUGCAAUUGACAAGAACUGUCCUAUCGAUUCUCCCAGAGUUCCAGUCCAAGUUCCAGCGAGAAGGCCUUGUUCAUUGCUUGACGCAGUUGCAGACGCGAAAAUUGCGAGUCCACAGCACUAGUGUUUCCGGCCCUCUGAGCGCUCCGGCAUCGUUGGCGACGACACCUUCAGAUCAAAACCGACCACUUCGAUUUGCUGGAAGCCAAUCUGAGACUAAACGAGUCAAGUCGCGAAAAUCGGGUUCUUAUCUUACCUCUCUUAUGCCCAGCCGAAAGCUCUAUCCUGAUGCGGAGAAAAUAGAUGCGACGGAAAAGACGGUCAAGGAACAGCUGAACGAUGCGAUCGCCAAUGUCGAGAAAGAAAUAAAAGUUCAACAAGCUCUGGAAUCUCUUGAAUCACCCACGAAUCCACUUCCUAUCCCCACUCUUCCAACUGACGUAAAGCGAAAAGAACAAGAGCCCGAAGCUCCCCCAGCAGCACCAAGCAGCGAAUCCGCGGAAGGAAGCUCCACCGCCACUUCCGCCACGACCCUUUCCGCCAAUUCCAUGCUCCAGAUUCCUACCUCUUCAGGAAAGACCGAAACUCAGUCUCACUACCGAAACCGAUGCGAUUCACAAUCACGAAAGGAAAUCGAGCUCAAUUGGGCGCGACAGGAAUCGAAGGAAAUCCUCGAAGAAUUUUUCAAGGAUCAAGAAAAUGAGGAAGGGCAAAGCGCGUUGAUUACGCAACUGAUUGAAGUCAAUGAAAUGCUGAAACAAGGCGAUUUGAGCAAGCAAAUUCAGGGACUAGAGCAGUUCGCCUCUAUUUUAACGGCACAAGACUUAUCCCCAUUCGAAAUCAUCCACACGAAGAUAAUGGAAAGCCUUUUCGAAUAUCUCCAAGCUUCGUCGCUCAACCAAAAAGAGUUUCUCCGAGUAUUCGCAUCGCUGCCAAAAGAAUCCGAAUUGAACACUACCGAUGUUGUCAUCCCUCAAAACACAGAGCUCCUGGAGAAGCUUGUCGCUAAGAUUCACCAAAUCGUCUCGCAUGUGGAAAAGUUCCCAGUCAAAUUGUUUGACAUUCAACAUGGGCGAAGUAUGACCGGUGGCUCGCAGCAUAGUCAGCAAAAGAAAAAGGUCAAAUGUGUCCUUCAAAAAGACCCAAGUUGCCCAAAGACGAAGCAAUGGACGAGUGGACCUGUUAAAAUUGACCCUCUUGCGCCCGUUUCUGCCAUUGAACGACAUUUGGUGAUGAAGGGCUUUGGUUUUUCCGUCACAGAAGUUCGCAAUUCCGACUCUGAAGAAAACGACUCAGAAUCCGAUGACGAGUCUGAUCAGCCCUCAUUCAUCGCCUUCGCUCGGGGUCAGCGACUCCUUGACCUUUUCAUCAAUGGCCAAAAACUGGCGCCGAACAUAACAAUCUACCAGGCGAUCAGAGAAUGUGAAGAGUCUGGCUCUGAACUCUCCGAUGACGAAGAAUAUCAGAAUAUGAUCUGGGGACGAACCUUCACGAUUACUUACAAGCUUAUCCCAAAAGAGAGCAUGGAUCAAGAUAGUAAAAAGAAAAGCAGCCAAAAAUUCACGAGAUCAAGCACCUUUCAUCCGAUUCGCCCCUCUGGACCGACGGACUUGACCGGAAAACAAAACGAUGAAGCGACCCUCUUCUCUGCUAUUGGGCUUUUGCGUGGUUUAUUCGGGCUCUCGCGUUUCUGGCAAACGCUCUUUUCGCCCAGCAAUAGUUGCAGCAAGAAGAUGCUCAUCGAACCCGAGGAAUUCGAAAACCAUUCCAUCACUUCAAAAGUCUGGCGUCAACUUCAGGAUCCAUUAAACGUACUCUCGGGUACGCUGCCCAGCUGGCUCUCUGAUCUCAUUGAAAACAGUUCAUUCCUUUUGCCCUUUGACCUGCGACGCUAUCUGUUCUACAUUACCGCGUUUGACCGACAACGCGCCCUCGCCAAGUUCGUCGAGCGCAACCCCGACCACGAUAUGAGCUCCAGUCGACGACUCAACUCGGAGCGCAGCUCGCGGGAAAAGAAAAUCGUCGACCGAAGCCGAAUUCUACAAGACGCUGAAGAGCUGCUUAACAAAACGAAAAAUUCAAACGCCUACAUCGAAGUUCAAUAUUCGGAUGAAGUCGGCACUGGCCUCGGUCCUACACUUGAGUUUUACACUUUGGUGUCAAAGGAGAUCCAAAGAACAGACUUGGGUCUUUGGAGAGGCCAUCGCCAAAUUGAAGAUAAUCUAAAAGGAAAAUCUCAAGUGAUCGACUCCACCACCCGUGGCGAAGGACUUUUCCCUAAUCCUAUCGCAAAGUCCUGCAAAAAGAGUACCGUUACUCACAUCACCAACAAGUUCAAAUUCUUCGGACAACUGCUCGGCCGAGCUCUUAAAGAUAGCCGUCUUCUCGAUCUACCUCUCUCGCCUCUACUCUGUCGCUAUCUUUUGUCCGAAGAAGAGACGCUUAAGUUCCGGGACCUUUACGAACUCGACGCCCAGUUGGCUCGUUCUCUUCAGCAGCUGCAAACAUUCUCUUCAAAUGGAGAAGUUGACAGCAUCGACGAGCUUUACCUCGACUUCGUCCUCCCCGGUUUCAACAAGUUUGAGUUGAUGAAGAGUGGUGCAAGCAAAGCCGUCAAUGGCGACAAUCUUUCAAAGUACAUCGAUCUUGUUACUCACUGGACGAUGCUUGAGGGUGUUCGACGACAAUUUCAAGCGAUAAAGAUCGGCUUCAGCGAAGUGUGCGACAUCAAGCAUUUGAAAAUCUUCCAUCCAUGGGAGCUGCCAAGAAUUUUCUGCGGGUCAGAAAGAGCUCGAUGGACGGUUCUUGAGCUUGAAACUGCCAUUCGCUUCGACCAUGGUUACUCCACAAAUUGCCGAGCAGUUCAGUUCUUCAACACCGUUCUCUCCGAAUUAACCGGUGACGAGCAAGCGGAUUUCCUCCGCUUCUCAACGGGCUCUCCUCAUCUCCCAGUCGGCGGGCUCAAGUCACUGAACCCUCCUUUGACGGUGGUGAAAAAGACGGUCGAAGAAGGAGAGAAUCCAGAGGAUAAUCUGCCGUCCGUCAUGACUUGUCAGAAUUAUCUCAAGCUUCCAGACUAUCCGACGCUUCAGCUGAUGCGCGAAAAACUGCUCCUUGCCAUUUCCGAAGGCCAGGGCGCAUUCCUUCUCUCUUGA